UUCACCACCCACUCGACUGACCGUGACACGGGACGGGGAGAGUUGUUUGUUAUUUUUAUCAUUUUCUCCUGACCUGAUUAAAACAGUUACUUGCAAAGGGAAGAGGAAAAAAAUCGCUCGAUAUUUAGAUAAAAGUGACACUCCGAUGUAACACCAACCAUGUUCCUGAGUCGAAUCUGCUGCCUGCGGGCCACCUUUGUGCCGCGUCGUACGGUGCUCGGUGCCCGGAACGUGUGGCUCACGGCGGGACAAUCUCGCGUCCUCGCGGCACCCUUGCUGCAGUUUGCUCCCGUGCGGGGUCAGCAGUCGUCGUCUUCGGCGGCUGGUUCCCGCCCGGACGAGGGCUUCCAGAUCUCGGACGAGAAUAUCCAGAAGUACCUGGAGAACAUCCGGCUGGAGUAUUACUCGCUGAAGGUGCUGGAGCAGAUGAACAAGCAGGACAUUAAGCGGAUGGCGUUGCUUUCGCAUGUGGUGGAGAUGUACGAGCAGCGUCGGAUCAUCGUGGACAACUUGAGCUCGCUGGCGGAGAUGGGCGCCGAAAAGGACGAGGACAUGCUGCAGCUGAUGAAGGAGGAGAAGGAGGCUUACACGAACAUUUUGCGCAAACUGGAUGGUGAAAUUAUGGACGGAAUUCUGUCGAUGGACGAGGAAGAAGAUUACAGUUCUUUGAUAUUGGAGGUGGCCGCCGGGGUUGGUGGCCAGGAGGCGAUGCUGUUUGCGCGUGAAGUGUUCGACAUGUACUGCGGCUUUGUUGAAUUCAAAGGCUGGGAGAUUGAAAUGCUUCAAACGGAGGACACCGAGCUGGGUGGAAUAAGACACGCUUCGAUGGUUAUCAACGGCAGGGACGCUUAUCGGUUCCUCAAAUUCGAGGCAGGAGUCCACCGAGUUCAGCGCAUUCCAAGCACGGAAAAGUCCGCCCGGAUACACACCAGUACGGCGACGGUUUCCGUGCUCCCACGGCCAGACGAGUUCCAGAUCGAGCUGAAGGAUAAAGAUCUUAAAAUCGAAACCAAGCGCGCCAGCGGAGCCGGAGGUCAGCACGUCAACACGACGGACAGUGCCGUCCGGAUCGUGCAUCUCCCAACGGGAAUGGCCGUAGAGUGCCAAACCGAGCGGUCCCAGGGCAAGAACAAGGAGAUCGCCAAGCAAAAGCUGCUGGCCAAGCUGACCCAGCAGGAGCUGGAGAGCAAGUUCAACGCCAAACAGUCGCUGAAAAAGUCCCAGGUGGGCUCGAGUACGCGAAACGAGAAAAUCCGUACUUACAACUACCCCCAGGAUCGCAUCACGGACCACCGGCUCGAGGGAGGCACCACGCACAACCUGAAGGUGUUCAUGGAGGGUGGACCGCCGCUCGGCGACAUGGUCGAGAAGCUGCGCAAAGACCACCGAAAGAAGCAACUUAAAGAAAUUAUCGAUAGUACAUUAGAGGCCAAGUAGACAAAUAAAGACAUUUACGACUCCGA